AUGGACAGCGACGACGACUCAGAUAUUCGACUCCUUUCGAUCAGCAAACACGCCGCAGCAAAGGCUCCUUUCAAUGUCCCGGCACCUAAUCUAGGCGCCUUUCAAAUUCCAAGCAAACCAUUCGGACCCAAAGGCCUCGAGACGAAGGUGCUUGAAAUUGGACUCUUCUCUGGUUUCGACUCAAAGCUAGCGAAUGCACCAGAUCUCGGGCCAUUCCAGGCAGACUCGCCCUUCCAGCUUCAGGACAGCUACGAACUUGUGGUCACACCCUUGGGGCGGAACAGCUUCUCAGACGUGACCAGCACCUCGUCUUCGUCCUCGUAUGAGCACCUUUCUGCGUCCGUCGGCGUAGGAGUUGACUGCGUGGUCUUUGGAGGAUCUGUCUCCGUGUCAUAUGACAAGUAUGUCACUACGAACACAGACGGCCUGAAGCAUAGCCAGCAUGCCGUAUGCUACGACUCAGCUAUACGGUACUUGAGCCCACCACCACUGUCAGAUGUGGCCAAACAGGUUCUGCGUGAGCAAGGAGAAGCCGCAUUCCGAGCGAGAUUCGGUGAUUACUUCCUAGGCGGAUUUGUGACAGGCGCAGAGUCUGGUCUUCUCAUGUCGUAUGCCCACUCUGAUCGAGAGGAGACGGAUAUUACGCGCUUCACCAUGACUGUCAAGGUCCUCUUCUGGAGCGCGAGCCACACCGAGGAAACCGUACACACUGACACUCUAGAGACCUCAUCUUUGACAUUCACAUCAUUCAACACACUUGAUCCCGCGUCCUCUCGAAUAAGUACCGCGCCAGGUCCUGGCAGUAUUGGCAUUACCUCACGAAACCCAACUAUACAAGAGACACAAGAGCAGGUGCAAAAUAUAACGUUAACGACUCAGGCGUUGUCUACGCUUGUAGCAGCAAAAAGGCAGUCCAUCUUUGGAACGGCGCUAAGCGCACAGGACUGGGAUGCUGGCUGCACAUUCACUGUUACCCAUGCCGCAACCCGACUGACGAGCAUGUAUCCUUCGAGGAUACUGUUGCAGAUCCAGCUCAUCCCCUAUACUGUGCUAUGGGAAUACCAGAAAGUGCUUGGCUCCAGGGCGUAA